AUCAAGUUCUCUCUUCAUUCUCUUCUCAUCUAUAUCAAUUUCAUGAAGCUUAGUCAAGAAAAUUCCCUCUUUUUCUCCUCUAAAGUUUUGGCUAUAUGCCUAAAGAGAAGCAUGAUCCAUUUUCAUCUUUCUAUAUUUAUGAAAUAUGUUUUGAACCUCUAAAGAGUAAAAAAUCAAAGCUAAGCUUCAAGUUCAAAAGAUGAGAGCAUUUUUUCUUUUUUUUUUUUCUUUACGAAUUCUUCUAUCAAGGCGUCUUGUGAGCUAAUAAUGGUUUUUGAUUGAAAUUAGGUGUAUUUGGAUGCUAUAAGAACCAUUAGAGAGUAAUACAAAUUUGGAUUUGAGGGCAUUUGAAUUUGGAAAUACUUCAAUUGGCACCCUCUUCUCCAGACACCAGAAGGAUAUUGGAGUGGUGGAACUGGAUCCGUUUCUAGAUGGCUCCGUGGACUAAAACUGUAAGUUUGGUUUAUUAGGAUUAUGAAUGAAUCUAUUAGUGAAUGAACUGGAUCAUUUAACACCUUUUCAUGCCCCAACAUGAGAAACAUCUUGACCUUAUUCACAGAUGCCAUUUUGUCUUCUCACCUCAAAAGGUCUUUCUCUUCAAUCAUUUCUCUUCCCCACCUCGGUUCCACCGUGUACCCUCAUCCACCUGAUUUCCCCUCCCAGCUCCUCACAAUCCUUUCCCAUCCAAAUUGGCAAAACCACCCUUCACUCAACACACUUGUCCCGUCUCUCACACCUUCACAUGUCUCUUGGCUCUUAUCUCACAACCUCCCCCCCAAAACUGCAUUGGGUUUCUUCAAUUGGGUUUCAAACAAACAACCCGGUUUCAGGCACAAUGCAACUUCCUAUGCUUUGUUGCUCACCAUUUUAGUGCGUAAUGGCUCACUGCAUUUCGCUGAGAGUGUUCGCAUCUCGAUGAUUAAGUCCGCAAAAUCUGAAGAAGAUGUGAGGUUUGUGCUUGACUUCUUGAAAGAAUUGGAUUCAGGUGAUGGUGGUGGGAGGUUUACAUUCAAGCUCAAUGUUAAAUGUUAUAAUUUGAUUCUAAUGUCGUUGUCGAAAUUCGGGCUGAUCGAUGAGAUGAGGAUGUUGUACCUAAAGAUGUUGGAUGAUAUGGUUUUGCCAAAUAUUUAUACUUUCAAUACAAUGGUGAAUGGUUAUUGCAAGUUAGGAGAUUUGUCUGAGGCAAAUGUGUAUGUGAAUAAGAUUGUGGAGGCUGGUCUCUCUUUGGAUACGUUCACUUACACUUCUUUGAUCUUGGGCCAUUGUAGGAACAAAGAUGUGGAUGGUGCUUACAAGGUGUUUGAGAUUAUGCCGCAUAAGGGUUGUCGAAGGAAUGAGGUUUCGUACACGACUCUCAUACAGGGGCUUUGUGAAAUAGGGAGGAUUGGUGAGGCGUUGAAGUUGUUUGCGCAGAUGGGAGAGGAUAAUUGUUCUCCAACUGUUCGAACGUACACUGUUUUGAUAUGUGCAUUGUGUUAUUUAGGUAGGAAAAUGGAUGCACUGAAACUGUUUGAAGAAAUGAGUGGAAGAGGUUGUGAACCUAAUGCUCAUACUUACACUGUGUUAAUUGAUUGCUACUGUAAGGAAGGUAAUGCUGAUGAUGCCUGGAAAAUACUGGAUCAGAUGUUGAAGAGAGGUUUAGUUCCUAGUGUGGUCACAUUCAAUGCAUUAAUUGAUGGGUACUGUAAAUUGGGAAGAACUGCAGAUGCGUUGCAAAUUUUGAGCCUUAUGGAGUCAAAUAAUUGUAAUCCGAAUGCUCGUACAUACAAUGAAUUGAUCUGUGGGUUUUGUAAAGUAAAAGAAGUGCACCGGGCAAUGUGGUUGCUUAAUAAAAUGAUUGAGCGCAACCUAUCACCAACCAUUGUUACAUACAACUCAUUAAUCUAUGGUCAAUGUAAAGCGGGUCAUUUGGAUAGUGCUUAUAGGUUGCUUAACUUGAUAAAGGAAAAUAGCCUUGUUCCUGAUCAGUGGACUUACAGCAUUUUUAUAGAUACUCUCUGCAAACAAGGGAGAGUAGAAGAAGCUCAUAAAUUCUUUAAGUCCAUCAAGGAGAAAGAUCUUAAGGCAAAUGAAGUUAUGUAUACUGUUUUGAUUCAUGGGUAUUGCAAAGUUGGGAAGGUUGAUGAUGCUCAUUCUCUGUUCAAAAUAAUGCUUGCUGAGGAAUGUCUACCAAACACAAUCACUUUCAAUGUCUUGAUUGACAGCUUGUGCACAGAGAAAAAGGUGCAUGAGGCUUUACAGCUUAUGGAUGAAAUGAUAAAAUUGAAUUUAGUUCCCACAGUUGAAAUAUAUACAAAUAUCAUCUCUGAAAUGUUGAAAGAGGGUGACUUUGAUCAUGCUGAUAUAAUUCUUAACAAAAUGAUAUCCUCAGGAUGUAAGCCUGAUGUAUUUACUUAUACGACAUUCGUGCAUGCAUACUGCAGUCAAGGAAGGUUGGAAGAGGCAGAGAAUGUUGUAGUCAAGAUGAAGGAGGAUGGAAUCCUUCCUGAUUCAUUGACUUACACAUUUUUAAUUGAUGGAUAUGGGUGCAUGCAAUUGAUUGAUUGCUCCUUUGGUGUUCUCAAGCGAAUGUUUGAUGCUGGCUGUGAGCCAUCUCAUUAUACAUAUGCAUUUCUCUUAAAGCAUUUGGCAAAGAAAAUGCAAACUAUAAAAGAUGGUUGUGCUGUUGAAGGUUCAUUUGUUCCUGGUGUUGUUCCAAAAGGUAUAGCAAGUGUUUGGAAUGUAAUUGAUCUCGAUAUCACAUCUCUACUGUUUGAAAAGAUGGUUGAACAUGGUUGCAAACCUAAUGUCGAUACCUACAGCAAGCUUAUUAUAGGACUCUGCAAGGUGGAUCGCUUGAAUGUGGCAUUUAGAUUAUUGAAUGACAUGCAAGAAGCUGGAAUAUCUCCUAGUGAGAUUGUUUACAAUGAACUUCUUAGUUGUUGCUGCAGGUUGGAAGUGUAUGACAAAGCAUUGAGCAUUUUAGAUGCCAUGGUUGAGAAUGGCUAUUUGGCACAUUUAGAAUCCUACAAGGUGCUUAUUUGCGGGCUAUGUGAUGAAGGGAGAAAAGACAAGGCUAAAUCACUAUUUCAUACUUUGCUUUGUAGUCAGUAUAAUCAUGAUGAAAUGGCUUGGAAAGUUCUGAUUGAUGGUUUACUUAAGAGGGGUUAUAAUGACGAAUACUCAAUGUUUCUGAGUCUCACAGAGAAAAUAGGUUGUCAAUUUCAUCCUUCUACAUAUGCAAUGUUGAUCGAUGGACUUGAUGGUACAUAAGAUAGUGGAUAUUUUUAUUGUUUUUGAUUGAUCCUCAUCUACAAUGAAGAGAUUUCCAACUAUUUGUUUAUAAGCUUGCCAAGUUCAAAACAAAUAUCAAAUUCUUUCCAUUCUUCAAAUCAGAAUAUCACCAACACUAGAAGUCAUGUUUUUCAUGAAUAGAGUGGCAGGUUCUUGAAUUCACAGACCAUAGUUAUUUUGACAGCUAGCUGUAUUUGUGGCACUAUCAAAAGCGAUUUGAAGAUCAGGAUUGUCAUAGUUAACAAUGCAGUUAAAAUUUUGAAAGCAUCAAGAGUAGCUGAAGCUACCGGGCUAUGGCAACAAGGUUUGGACCAUGGGUUUUGCCGUUUUGGCUGGUGCCGCUACAGUUGCACACAUCCACAAUCUAACCACCACAGAUGAGUUAACUCUGCCAGUGCCAGUGAUAGAACAGAAGUUGAAGGAAGCCAAGAAGCAAAGUGCAAAAUACGUACUUGAAAGUUUUUUUUCCCCCUAAGAGAACCAGUUUUCUGAAGCAUGCGAAUCACACCUCACAGGUUUGCAGCCUUUGUUUCGUUGGAGAAAAGGCUUCUCAGCUCAAGGAACCCCAAGGUGUACUAACAGAAUGUCAUUUAUAAAUUAUACUUGAUUGCAGCAGGCACCCUUGAUGCUUGAAGUUGAAAUGUCAUUUAAUAAAUGGUCGUGGAGCACAUCUAACUUGGAAUUUCUCUCGUCGGGGACGGAGGGAGAUUUUUUUGUCAGGAAAUCUUGGAAAGCAGCAAGUUUCCUUCCCUCGAUGUAAUAAUUUCGAUUGAUUCUGUAAAUUUCGAUUAUUAUUAAGAUGCUAUAUAAUUGAUUCCAGUAUCGGACCA